AGAACCGUAGAGCCCUUGCGAAAAUGUCGGCGGUGUGUUUCUCCUUGAGCCGCUGCAGUGCUGUGGCAUUCCGUUCCUCCGCCGGAAUGGUGGCGGUGCGAUAUGCCCAGACAGCAGCGGCACCUGCAGCGCAGCCCAGAAUUAAGAAGUUCCAGGUGUACCGCUGGGACCCCGACACACCUGGAGAUAAGCCUCGAAUGCAGACAUACGAGAUUGAUCUCAACACUUGUGGCCCCAUGGUCCUUGAUGCUCUGAUUAAGAUCAAGAAUGAGAUGGACUCCACACUUACCUUCAGACGCUCCUGCAGAGAGGGUAUCUGUGGAUCUUGUGCAAUGAACAUCAAUGGUGGUAACACGUUGGCAUGUUUGAACAAAAUUGAUACCAACACCAGCAAGGUGACCAAGAUCUACCCUCUUCCACAUAUGUAUGUGGUCAAAGAUUUGGUUCCGGACAUGAGUAACUUCUACGCCCAGUACAAAUCCAUCGAACCCUUCUUGAAGAAAAAGGAUGAGUCACAACAAGGGAAGGAGCAGUACCUCCAGUCUGUGGAGGAUCGUCAGAAACUGGAUGGGCUGUAUGAAUGUAUCCUGUGUGCGUGCUGCAGCACAAGCUGUCCAAGCUACUGGUGGAACGGAGAUAAAUAUCUUGGACCCGCCGUCCUCAUGCAGGCAUAUCGUUGGAUGAUCGACUCCAGGGACGAGUUCACAGAGGAGAGACUCUCUAAGCUUCAGGAUCCUUUCUCCCUGUACCGAUGCCAUACCAUCAUGAACUGCACCAAAACAUGCCCCAAGGGCCUGAACCCGGGCAAAGCAAUAGCCGAGAUUAAGAAGAUGAUGGCCACGUACAAGGAGAAGAAAACAGCUGCAGCGUGAUUCCUGAGCAGCCUGCAUCAUUUCUGAGUUCAUUCUCAGUACCUCUAAAUAACAUGUACAGUAAUUUAGACAUCUGAAUGAGAUCUGGUUUACCUGAACAUCUGCUUUGUCCAACACUUAUACACUCCAGCACGAGCGACACUGGGUUAGAGGAGAUUUGUGAUCCAUACUGAGUGACAGUAUGUGUCUGUGUGUGUGAGAGUGUAAAUGGGAAAUGGUCUGCAGGCUUUAAUGCUGCAUUCCUUUGCUCUCGCACAACAAAUGGCCCUAUAUUGUGUAUACACGCAAGGAUUGGUUCAGGUGCUGAUGGGCAAAAUAAAUACAGUAUAUGAGAACCUAAACUCUCCUGUUGUACCAGUGGGAGACUGAUUUAUGUGUAAUAAAUACAUGCUUUAAGUCA